UUUUUUUUUCAACUUUGCUUUUGAAGCCAGAUAUAAAGCAUAAUGACAAUAUUAAAUAAUUACUAUACAAUUUCUAUUGAAGAUGGGUCUGAAAAAUUCACAAUUAAUAAAAAGUACACGAUUAUUCGAAAAAUAGGAUCUGGAUCAUAUGGAUCUGUCUGUAGUGCUAUUAAUACGGAUGUUAAUGAAGUGGUUGCCAUUAAAAAGUGUAGACAUGUGUUUGAUAAAAAACUUAUCACAAAGCGUUGUCUUCGUGAAAUAAAAUUAUUGAAGCAUUUCAAUGGUCAUCCACGCAUCAUUGAUCUAAAGGCAAUAGAUAUUGUGGAUCCAAAAACUUUCAAUGAAAUUUAUUUAAUACAGACUUGCUGUGAUACAACCAUGGCUGAUAUCAUUCACUCAAAAGUGGAAUUAGAGCCUGUUCAUUAUCAAUGGUUUAUGUAUCAAUUAUUAUCUGGCUUAAAGUAUAUUCAUAGCGCCAACGUCCUUCAUCGUGACUUGAAACCAGCAAAUAUCCUUGUUAAUGAAAAUUGCGACUUAAGAAUAUGUGAUUUUGGUAUGGCUAGAGGUAUUGCUCUACCUUCAAGUUCUAUUGAAUCACAAUAUAUGUCACAUUAUGUCGUUACGCGUUGGUAUCGCGCGCCAGAAAUUAUGCUUAGCCGUAAUGCAUAUGGGAAGUCAAUUGAUAUGUGGUCUCUUGGCUGUAUAUUGGCAGAACUAUUAGGUCGUAAAGUGUUAUUUAAAGGAACAGAUUAUGUUGAUCAGCUUCAUAAGAUUGUCGGUAUUCUUGGCUUACCAAAUGAAACUUCAUUUUGGGAUAGUUCGUCAUCUGUAACUGAAUAUAUUAGAAGUUUGCGUGAUGAAAAUGGAUUACCUCCUCCUAAAGAACCAAUUGAUUUUCAUUUGUUAUUUCCAAAUGCGUCUUCGGAUGCUAUUCACUUACUUGAGAACUUACUUUGUCUGGAUCCUUCAAAAAGGUUAACAGCAAGUGAAGCGUUAGAACAUCCUUUUGUAGCUAUCGUUAGAGAUCCAACAUCUACAGGAGAUGAAACUGUAUGUCCUUCCAUUUUUGAUUUUGAAAGCUUUGAAAUGAUUGAAAGUGAGCAUGUUUUACGUCAAUGUAUUAUUGAAGAAGUAAUUCAUAGUAAAGAGUUCAUGAAUAAGGAUGACUGCUCUUAUCAAAAUAAUUACAUAACCUCGUCAUUGUUAUCUUCUACUAAUUAUAUUCAAAAGUCUAACAGUCGAAGAUAUACGGGGGGAUCUAUUUCUACUACUUCAUCUGCUUCUGCAGCAGAGGCUAGUUUAAAUGCAAUGAACUUUCUUGCUCAACAGCAGGGAAAAUUAGAGUCUUACAUCAAUAGCAGUGGAUGUUACAUGCUUAUGGGCAAUAAUCAAUUAGUAGGUGAACCAGAAGAUAUGAAUGAAGAUGACAUGAAAAUGUUGGAUAGCGAUGAUAGCCAAAAUGAAAUGGCUAUUGUUGGUAAAGGACGAACACUUAUGGGCCCAACUAAUGCUGAUUAUCAAGCAUUGGAACGACAUUUAAGUCGGGAUUGGUAAAAAAAAAGAAAAGAAAAGUAAAAAGAAAGAAAAAAAAAGAAAAAAAAAAAAAAGAGAGCUUUAU